AUGCCGUCAAAAACAGAACAUUAUCAACCACUUGCAUCUACCGACAUCGAAAGCAACCAGAGACCCUCCAGCGACGAAGGCUCAGAAGUCACCUUCAGCGGCGAGUUUGAGAAAAGUCGCAGGAGGAGGAAGAUAUGGGUUCAACUGAAAGAGAUAUUAUCGAGAUGGAAUCUGAUGGGCUCGCCCAGUGCCGGCCUCAUCAUUUCUUGGACCACGUCAGCCAUCCUCGCCCUGUUCAUUCUGUACAAUCUUCACUACAACUCAGGCCCGACGAACCCACUCUUCCCACAAAUUGCUUGGUCGCCACUACAGCACCUUCUUGAAUACGACGUUAAGGUCUUUAAAUCUGCGUUCGGCGGAGAUAUAGACCGUCGAUACCAAGGACCACCAUCGCCGGAGAUUGAUGCGAACUGGGACGAUCUGUACAACUUCGGGUCGACUAUGCUCAAUACCUACGAGGCGGCGCAUCUUCCGAACAAGACAUGGCCAAUCGUUCAGGAGCCGGGAAAUUACAUUGCCGUCAUCGACGUCUUCCACCACUUGCACUGCCUUAACAUGAUCCGCAAAGCCUUACAUCCAGAAUACUACGUUCCUCACGACUGGAGUGAUGCCAUUCAAGAGGACAACCUUUUGGGAGAGCUCCACCUCGACCAUUGUGUUGACUCUAUCCGACAGUCUUUGAUGUGCAUGUCGGAUGUCAGCGUUAUUCCAUGGCAAUGGGACACCAGUGACAGCACCUCUAAGCCAGUGGGAAAUAUUGUGCAUACAUGCCGCAAUUUCGACGCUAUCCGAAGCUGGGUUUACGACAGAAGAAUGAUUGUUGAUUUUGAUAAAUACACCGACAUGAGACACGAUCCACUUGCUGGAGUCUUCGAUUGGAGCAACAUGGGGCAGCCUGGAAUCUAGUC